AUGUUGAACAUAAUCUUUGCAUUACUCUUGAAUAACGAAGAGAUAACAGCAAAGGCUAACUCUCUCUGUGGUCUUUUCAUUGAGACACUGCGAGUUACUGGAUUUCUCAAAGGAUUAUAUGCACAAGAAGUCCUCCAAACCGAGUUUCCUGGCAGCUAUGGUCCGUGGGUCGGCAUGAUAACAGACGAGUGGAAGAGACUCAUCUGUAUUCUCUUCAAGAUUGAGACACGGAUAUCUCUCGACUGCCAACGGCGUCCCCGACUACAUUACAACGAAUUGGAGACCACCCUGCCAUCGCCCUUUUCCCUACGAAAUUGUUAUGACAUGGAUGUUUUUGCUCAUCGCCAGCGAUAUGAUACCAUGAGCCGUAAUAUCCAAUUAUCCUCAAUGAUCAAACAUCCCGAGCACUUUCUGCCUGUUCCGUUGCUCGUUGAGGACGUCUACCUCGGUCUUUGUGGUCUUACUGUUGAGAUUCUUGAAUAUGAGCAUAAUCGUGUAAUUUCCGGUACAGUAGACCUCGCUGCGGCGAGAUUGAUACGCGACAGUGUCACUAAUCGGCUUACAAUUUGGCUUGCUCAUAUCGAGGAUGUCACUCAAAAGCUAUCUUCUGAUAUUGCCAAUCCAACAGACGAUGCUCUAUUGGUCAAUUAUCUUGCACGAGAGAACGAGGCUCAAGCCUUGUCAAGUAGUAGGGUAGUGUUUGUCAUCAACUUGAGGCUUUACUAUCUACCUUAUGUUAAAGCUAGAAUAAUAAUUAUUACUUUCUAA